CCAAACUUCAUAGUCUAUUACUACGGUAAUGAGCGUUGGUGGUUAUCCGGGGAUGUCACACCACAGCUAUUUUCUCUCACUCUCUGAGUAUACUUCCAUGGAUUGACCCAGAGCGUAGGACAGAUAAAUAAACAACAAGACAUCACCGAGCGAAAAAUGGCAGAGCGUGGAGAAGGCAGCUUGCUGUUAGGAGAUCCUACCUUUAAUUAUCAGGAGCACGAACUAAACGAGAGACUGAAACGGCUUUACCCGGCCGUGAACGAGGAAGAAACCCCUUUACCCCGAUCUUGGAGCCCCAAGGAUAAAUACAGCUAUAUUGGGCUUUCACAGAACAAUCUGCGGGUGCAUUACAAAGGCCACGGCAAGAACCACAAAGAUGCUGCCUCUGUGCGUGCCACACAUCCCAUCCCUGCUGCCUGUGGAAUCUACUACUUUGAGGUCAAGAUUAUCAGCAAAGGGCGGGACGGGUACAUGGGCAUUGGCCUGUCUGCCCAGGGAGUCAACAUGAACAGACUGCCUGGAUGGGACAAACACUCGUAUGGUUACCACGGAGAUGACGGACAUUCCUUCUGCUCGUCCGGGACCGGCCAACCGUACGGUCCCACUUUUACAACGGGGGAUGUGAUUGGCUGCUGCGUUAACCUCAUCAACAACACCUGCUUUUACACAAAAAAUGGCAUCAGCCUGGGUGUAGCCUUCACAGACCUCCCUCCGAACCUGUACCCCACGGUGGGGCUCCAGACACCCGGAGAGAUUGUAGACGCCAACUUCGGCCAGCAACCGUUCGUCUUUGACAUCGAGGACUACAUGAGCGAAUGGAGGGCCAAGAUUGACAGCAUGAUCGCCCGCUUCCCCAUAGGAGAGAGACUGGGGGAGUGGCAGACUGUUUUGCAAAACAUGGUGUCGAGCUACCUGGUACAUCACGGCUACUGCGCCACGGCGACCGCCUUCGCCAGAGCCACCGAGACCAUGAUACAAGAAGACCAGAGCUCUAUAAAGAACAGACAGAGAAUACAGAAGCUGGUACUGGCAGGACGUGUGGGAGAGGCUAUAGAGGAAACUCAACAGCUUUACCCAGACUUGCUAGAACACAACCCCAACCUACUCUUCAUGUUGAAAUCGUCUUCCUCCAUCCAGCUCACCCACCCACCUGCUCGCCUGGUUACCAUGGGGUCAAGAGCAUUCAGUCGCUCAGCCCCCCACCUCUGGAACUCUCUGCCUCAUGACAUCCAACACUCCAGGUCCAUUAUCACCUUCAAAUCUCACCUCCAAACGUAUCUAUUCAGCCGAGCCUACUCCCAGUGUCGGCAGUUUGUGGAGAUGGUGAACGGCACCGACAGCGAGGUGCGCUGCUUUGGCGUCCUCUCCCCCAAGUACCAGGAGAGCCACCCGGGCUCCCCCAACCUCAGCCCCCUACACGGGGCCGCCGGCACACAGCUACACAUCGGAGGCUCAGACAGCCCCACCUGCAGCAACGGGGUGACCCCCCCCAGCAAGACCAAGGGCAGCAGUAAGCACCCGGGGGUGCCCUCCUCGGCCUCCUCCUCCUCCUCCUCCUCCUCGCCCUCCCCCUCCUCAGUCAACUACUCGGAGUCCAACUCCUCGGACUCGACCAAGAGCCAGGCGCACAGCACCCACAGCCCCCAGGAGACCAGCGACAGUGAAAUGGAGAUUGAGAGUGAGCACUAUAGCAACGGUGUGGCUGAGCGUUCCUCGGCGGCGGCGGCGGCGCGGGUCAUGAACGGCACGUACAAACACCAGGAGGUGCUGCAGACAGACACCAGCAGCAGCAGCAGCAGGGUCAAAGAGGAGAGCUGCAGCAGUAAACAGCUGUGUGGGGGGAACCAGGAGGCCACGGAGAGGAUGAUCCAGUUUGGCCGAGAGCUGCAGACGCUCAGCGAACAGCUGUGCCGCGAGUACGGCAAGAACGCCGCGCACAAGAAGAUGUUACAGGACGCCUUCAGCCUGCUGGCCUACUCCGACCCCUGGAGCAGCCCCCUGGGCCAGCAGCUGGACCCCAUGCAGAGAGAGGCCCUCUGCUCGGCCCUCAACAGCGCUAUUCUGGAGUCCCAGAACCUGCCCAAGCAGCCUCCGUUGAUGCUGGCGCUGGGCCAGGCCACAGAGUGUGUCCAGCUAAUGGCCCGCGUUCGCUCCGGCUCCUGCUCCUUCGCCAGAGUAGACAACUUUUUGCACUAACCCCAGUCCAGGUUCACCUCAAGCAGUCUUGACAGAAGGCCUGUCCAUCAGGCGGUUGUCAAAGCGACGGAGGAGAGAGCAUGUGUGUGAUUGGUGUUCUAUUGUCUGGGUCGGACGCUGCCAGUGGACGGACGGAGGAGGGAGGAGACUUCCUGUUCAUUUUAGUAUUAUUGAAUACAGAAUUGUGUGACGCUAUUUAAAGAUAAUGAUACUUGUUUUAUCGAGAGAACUUAGUUAUUUUGGUCCGUUUGUUGUGUUCAUCUUUACAUUUUAAGGAUUUUCUUUUGUUUUUGCAGGGUGAUUGUGAUUCCCUACUCCUCAGUAUUCUACACACACCUGCUUGGUUGCAUCAUAUCACACACUUAUCAGCGUCACAAUCCUCCUGGCCGGUUGCCAUGGCGCCACGAGUUGACUCCUCCCCCACAGGAAACGGGUGAUUCAACGCUUGAAGUAGAGUUCAGAUUAUUGAGGAAAUGCAGACCAUUGAUUUCCUCCCUCCCUGCAGAUAAAAGUCAGACAGAUUUGUCCUUUAACAUCACAUUUUUUAUUUAUAUUCAACUCUGCAAUACUGAUCUCCUUUCUGCAGUACAAGAACAUAUUAUAUGUUGGUAUAAUGCCUAUUCUACGUGAUUAGCCCAAACCUGAGUUUGAAUUGGCGACUUGCACCGACCAAAUCAUGAUCAAACAAAGCGUCUCUGAUAGAGACACCGCUUCUACAAUUUGUUUACGCCUCUUCAUUUCAGUGGAGAACCUCAUACCUUCAACUUCAACUACAUUUAAUGACGGAAGAUUCAAGCAUAAACCCACACCAAGCUAUGUACAGCCUUAGCAAACAGACUGCCAUGGUCCCUGUCUCUAUGACUGUUUAACUUUGGUAGUUUGAGUGGUGCUGUGUCUGUAUCUAAACCAACGCCGAACAUAGCAUUGGCAUGUCCACUGCCGGGCUGCUUCCACGCAACUAGGAUCCACUCUGCCUGAACCAUCCAGCAUCCAUAUGUGUCACCAUCAUAUCUGCUCUUUGAUUGGAUUGGCUCUCCCGCAGCUAUUUCAGUUCUUGCGUAUUUAUGACGCAUUGUUUCUAAAGAUUACAUUCUGACAAAAGUUCUAUUUAAAAUUGUAACAAUGAAAAGUCAUGAGACUUUUUCUUUACUGACACACACAGACACAAACGGAUACUUUUUGUUAGUGUUUUAUGUUUUGUUGCACAAUCUUUAUAUAAUCUGCUGGUAUUCAAAGACCCCCUCCCUUAAAUAAAGAAGCAAUCAAAUAUACAAUAGGAUCCAUUGGCUAAAAAUAUGCUGGAAUCCAGCAAUAGUAAAAGUGUUUAAGUUGUUAAGGUCGAAAACAAAAGAAAACUUUGUUAAAGACAAAUGUACAAAUGUAAAUGAUCAAACCUACUUUGGAUACUGCUGAAAAUUCAUGUUUGGUUAUAGUCACAUAAGUGUAAAUAAGGUCAGUUAGUGUCUACCAGCUCUUUCUGUCUCCUUCUAUCUCCAUCACUGAAUUCAGGCAAACCUCUGGGGCUUGUGGCCGGACAGGAGGGGCGGUGUGGAACUACUGAACCCCAGUUUAGUACUGUAUCAUAGCUCUGCAGAGUUCUCAGGACCCUCAGAUGCAUUAAUGGCAAUGCGAGGCCAAAGCAGUAGGAUACAGGGAAGAGCCAGGCCAUCGCUACCUACCCCAUCGGUGACUUUCAUACCAAAAAACAUGUUUUAUCAUUCCCUCCCGAAAGUUCCCCUUUUGUAAGAGAUAAUGGCUUUUAUCUAUGCAUUUAUCUUUUAUAAAUACGCGUUGUUUAUACAUUCAAACCCAGACUUCAAUUAGACUUUUGUGUUUCACCGUUACCUUUGUUAUCCGAAGUGGCUCAGAACAAACGCACCGGUUCUGGCUUGGAUCUCCAGUUGUUUUUUCCAGACCUCUGCCAAACCCACCCUAGCUGUAUACUGAUCAAAAGCACACCGUACAAACUCCUGCUAUUGUUGUUUUAGACUGUAGCAAACUGAUAGCUCUUAGACCCUAACCCUAAGAUGCUGCCCAGCACACCUCAUCCAUUUUUAUCAAACCUCCCACUACCAGCGCUGGUUGUUUGACAACUUGCUGUAGCAUUUGUGCUUUACAUUUCCACUCGUGAGAGAAUUUGGUUCCUUUGUAGUGUGCUAGGGUGUUUUUAUUAUACGUUCGAUUUGGUUCUGUUCAUGUGUUACAGGGUGUUUUAUUACAUGUGAGAAUUGUCUAUGUUUCGCCGGGGGCUACAAAUACACCAGCUCUUUUUCUGCUACCAUAGGAAACCAUAGCAACACACAAAACACACAAGAACAUCUUCUACUUCUGUGUCUGACUCAUGACACACACACACACACACACACACACACACACACACACACACACACACACACACACACACACACACACACACACACACACACACACCUCUGCUGCAUUACCUGUAGGACAAUACAGCUCUGUGUUCGAGUGGAGGCUGUGUUUCCCUGCUGUCAAUACACAGUCUUCCCCAACACACAAGACCCCACUGUGGAAGGUCAUUUUGUUUCACCAGGCCCAGUUUGAUCUGAUGCAGGAGAAUCAAAGCCACGCUGCCCGAGAAUCGAGGCAAAAUCCACAUAGAAUUUAUGGUUUGGUUUUUGGACUUUGGGAGGAAUGGCAUUUAGAAUUAUGUUCAGGCUAUGCGCAAUUGUUAUUUUUAUUUGAAUAUUUUAAUUUUUGACUGAUCAUUAUUGAAUAAAUAUUGUGAAAUUAGUUAUCCUCUACUUAGCAUGAGACUUUUAAAAUAUUUGAAAUGAAAAAAAAAAUGAAACAAACCUAUGUACUGGAAACAUGUUAAGAAGAAAUUGUAUUCUCUUUAAUUUUGACAGAAUUAUUUUUAUUAAAAUACACAUCCAUAAGCAUAUUA